AUACAUGGUAGAAUCAAACAAGCCCCCGUUUCAUCCUACUCUUCUCUACACAUCAAGGCAAGCUCGGAAGCUCCCUCCACCCACUGUUCAGAUGUAUCGUUCCCAACGCUUCAAACCCCUUCUCGCAAGAACACCGCUCCAACCCAAUCCUUUUCCCUCAACAUUUUCUCUGAAAUGUAAAUUCACCUCACUCGCUCCCCAACACCACUCCUUCAUCGUCUCUUACCUCAUCAACAACUGCGCCUUCUCACCCGAAACUGCUCUCAAAGCUUCCGAACGCGUUCGCUUCGACACCGCCGAAAAGCCCGACUCAGUAAUCGCCUUCUUCAGAAACAACGGGUUUUCAAAUUCCCAGAUAAACAGCAUCUUCAGAAGAAUACCCAGCUUGCUUACAUGCAACCCCCACAAAAGGGUUUUGCCAAAGUUCCAAUUUUUAGCCUCCAAAGGCGCUUCCAUCUCCGACAUCGUUCAAUUGGUGAACCGGUGCCCAAGACUCCUUACCUCCAGCCUCGAGAAUAACGUCAUCCCCACCUUCGAAUUGGUAAGGAGAUUCCUUCAUGCUGAUAAGAAAAUAAUCGAUUGUGUCUUCGGUAAUCGUCAUUUCCUUGAUUACAAAGCUGCUGUACAGAAUGUGAACAUGUUGGUGGAUGUUGGAGUCAGGGACUCCAACAUCUCCUAUUUGUUCCGUACGAGGCCCUCUAUUCUCUUGUCUAAUGACCUGAAGAGGACUGUUGAUGAAGUUAAGGAAAUGGGGUUUGACCCUUCGAAAAUAGGGUUUGUGAUGGCUUUGCACGCCAAAAGGGGUGUUUCGAAAUUGCGGUGGGACGCGAAAGUUGACGCCUUUAAGAGCUGGGGUUGGUCUGAAGAAGUGGUUCUCGAUACGUUCAGGAAGAAUCCACUGUUUAUGUUGAUGUCAAAAGAUAAAAUCAAUGAGGUGAUGCGGUUUUGUGUUGAUGAGUUGGGGUGGGACCCUUUGGCCCUUGCCAAGUGGCCGACUAUGUUUGGGUAUAGUUUGGAGGGAAGGAUCAUUCCGAGGGGUUUGGUGGUCCGGUAUUUGAUUGCAAAGGGUUUGAGAGGAAAGAGUGCCAGCUUGUUUACACCGUUUACUAUUUCUGAGGAGUUGUUUCUUGAAAAUUAUGUGACCCGUUUUGAGAAGGAAAAGCCUCAUCUGUUGAAGCUGUACCAGAAGUCCACUGAUGUUGACAUUUUUGCUUACUGUGACUUGGAUUGGGCAAGUGAUCACGAAGACAUGAGGUCAACUUCUGGGAAUUGUGUGUAUCUUGGCUCCAAUAUUGUCUCUUGGAUGGCAAAGAAGCAAAGAGUGGUUUCUAGAUCUAGCAUAGAGGCAGAAUUCAGAAGUCUGGUACAAUAUAAGAGGUUUGAUCCUUGGUUCAUGACUUUUGUAUAUGUGAAUCUACACCCUCUAAACCAUGUGGAUCUAUGGCGUGACCUCAGAAAAAUUGCAGAUAGAACGAAGGACCCUUGGUCCAUCUUGCGAGACUUUAAAGCAGAAUUAAAUGACCAUGAAAUAAUUGGUGAUUCACUAAAAGCUAAUGCUUGUGGAGAUCAUGCGUUCAAAGACUACAUUAAAGAUAUUCACUUGUUAGAUAUUGGUUUAUGA